GCGCGCCCCACCCGCCGCCCUUAGACAGGCCUCGACCUCCCCGCUCGCCUCAGGCCUAGGGGGGCCCCUCGCUCUCAGGGGAACCGCGGAAAGCUUCCUUUCAAAAAUCCGGAUUAAUAAAUCCGGAGUGGCCUUGGUCCCUUUUAAUCUUACUUUACCUGUAAUUCCCCCCCCCAAAAAAAAAAAAUUAGGGACGGAUGUUACUUGGCUGGGGAAACAGAAGGGGAGUGUCUGCUUUUCCGCCCAAAGUGAUUGAAAUGGAGGACUCAGUGGGACGUUACGACUUCUACAUUGGACUGGGCCUGGCUCUCAGCUCUAGCCUGUUCAUUGGAGGAAGUUUUAUCCUAAAGAAGAAGGGACUUCUCAAGCUAAGUAGCAGAGGUGCUGUCAGAGCAGGUCUAGGGGGUCAUGCAUAUCUGAAGGAAUGGAUGUGGUGGGCAGGGCUACUAACUAUGGGAAUUGGAGAAGCUGCCAACUUUGCUGCAUAUGCUUUUGCACCUGCAACACUGGUCACACCUCUAGGAGCGCUAAGUGUUUUAGUCAGUGCAGUUUUAGCCUCCUACUUCCUGAACGAGCACCUAAACAUCCAUGGGAAGAUCGGCUGUAUCCUUAGCAUUUUAGGCUCCACUGUGAUGGUCAUCCAUGCCCCACAGGAGGAAGAGGUCUCCAGCCUGGAGUCAAUGGCGGAGAAACUAAAGGAUCCAGGAUUUAUAGUGUUUGCUGUGUGCAUGCUGGUGAGUUCAGCUCUUCUCAUCUUCGUGGCUGGGCCUCGCUAUGGACAUAGCAACGUCUUAGUGUAUGUUUUGAUCUGCUCUGCCAUUGGUUCACUCUCUGUCUCGUCUGCGAAAGGCUUGGGUAUUGCCCUGAAAGAACUGUUUGCUGGGAAGCCUGUCUGGAAGGAACCGUUGAGCUAUUUGCUUUUUAUUUGCCUUGUGAUCUCCAUCACCAUCCAGAUCAACUACCUGAACAAGGCCUUGGAUAUCUUCAACACAUCUGUAGUCACCCCCAUCUAUUACGUCCUCUUCACCACAGCAGUUAUGACUUGCUCUGCCAUUCUCUUCAAGGAGUGGCAGCAUCUGGUUCUGAUGCACAUCAUUGGCACCAUCAGUGGCUUCCUCACCAUUGUCCUUGGCAUCUUCCUACUGCAUUCUUUCAGAGACAUCCCCUUCACUGCAGACCUGCUGCCUCUUUUCCUGAAGGAUAACCAAACAAAUGUGCGAGCCGCUUCUUGGAGAAAGGGGGACAAGCAUCAGUCCUGUCUUCACCAGCCCCUUUUGGACUCUGAGGACACCCACAAAGAGGGGACAGAGAAAGCAGAGGAGCAAUAUGGCCAAAGUUUAUGAAAGCUAGCACAUUAUACAUAGCCUUUUGGCUUAAAAAAAAGAUAUAUCCCAAUCCAUUUUCCAUGUUCCAAAGAGCUUCUUAAGACUGCUGCUGUUUUCCACUAGAAAAGUUGAAUCAGAUUCUAAUAAGCAACACUGAACUAUUUGAAAUGCCUUUUUGUGCGAGUCCUUUCACUGGUAACAUACUUGAACCAAAUUAGAGACCCAAUCAGGUCAAGCUAGUGCUCAGCAAGUGGCAGCCCUAGAGCUAAACUUGCUGUCGCCUGCAUUCCUUCCCGUGCAUCCAGAAGUGAUGUGGAGGACAAGAAAGAAAACCAGAGACAAAAAUAUGUGCACCUGAGGGGUUUUGGACCAGCCCCAACACAAAAAACGAGUUUCAAAAGUAAUGGGUGAUGUGGCAUUGGUAAGGAGGGUGUGAAUUGCUCAGGGGGUGUUGCAGAGUAAGCAGAAGCAAAAUACUUCAGUCUUCUAGUCAGAGGUAGGAAUGCACAGCAGAAUUUCUCUUUCUCUUGUAAUCUGCUGAAGGUAACUCAAAUCUCGGGGAAUGGGAAAAGUAGAAAAAUAUGCGUAUGUGUAUGACUAGUAUGUGGACAAACAAGUGUGUGCAAGAGAGAGGAGGGUUUCUCCCUGUGUUUUCUUCCUCUGGGUCAUUUUAAAGAACACAGAUUAAGGGAAGACACAUGAGAACACAAGGACAAGCUGGCAUGGACAGCAGACCACUUGGGUUAUGGAAAAGCUUGGCUCUAUCAUGUAAAGUGCCCCACUGAUAAAACAAGGAUAUAAGCAAUGAGUUCAGCUCUUGAAUGAGCUCUACAUUGCUGUACUUCAGAAUCAGAAUGCACAGAAGUUCUGUAAAACGUAACUGUUUUAACUCAGUAUGCAAGUCUCUCUUAUGAGAAUGCAGCUGCUACUCUGUUUACAUGCCUGAUCUUAAUAACAGUGCUCUACCACUUUCUGAAUGUAAGGACAGUGCAUUUUAAGUGCCUUAAAAAUUAACUUCUCUUUAAAGUAUUAUCGGGGGUUCUACGUCUCUUGGGUACCUUUGCAAACCAGAGAACCUGUUGUAAGACACACACAAGCACAUAUUCUGUUGGCUACGAUAGAAUGCUUAUUUCUCAUUUCAGUGGGGGGAGAGGAGAACAAGAGGGCACUGGUUGUCAGGGAAGCCCAGUGCCACAGGGGCUGUGUUGAUGAUCACUUAAUGUUGAUGAUGUAUUAAGGUUGACAGUUAAUUUAUUUCAAAUAAAUGUUACUUUUCUUUGUACAGCCA